UUGAUCUCAACUGUUCUUUGAUUUUCUUUUUAAUUUGUUCUUGUUUUUCUUAUUUUCACACUAUCACGAAUUUUCUCUUCAAUGGUAACUACUAGGUCUGUUACCAAAAACUCUCCUAAGUCAAAAAAAGAAAUGGCCAGAGGAAAGAAAACUGGUACGAAAAGGAAAAUUGAUUUUCCCGCCACCGGUGUACUGAGGAAGGAUCCAUCAUCUUCAAAAAAAAUGAGAGCUAUUAAGCCAACUGAUUCUGAUGAUGACUUUGAGGAUGUUCCUGUCUCUAAAAUCCGGAAAGAUAAGGCUGUUGUUAGUGAUUCUCAAACUGUUAAGGACUGGAAUUACUUUAUUAGGGCUGAAGAUCAUUUUUCUCUAAAAAUUGGCCAUCAUGUUGGUGGAAAUGUGAUUGCCAACUUGAAGAAGAAUUUGUCUACGGAGACGCUUGACAGAUUUUCAAAAAGCUGCUUCGGCAAAUUUUUAGGCAUGCAAGAGGAGUACAAGUUGCAACCUCAGCUUAUUCACCAUUUGCUUUUAAUGGAGGUUAAGCAACCGGUUUUUUAUGAAUUAUGGCUGAAAGUGUCUGGUAGUUUUUUGAAAUUUUCACUUGAUGAGUUUGCUCUUAUAACUGGUUUGAAAUGUCAAGGGAAUGUUGAUAAGAAGCAAUAUAGGAAUCUUAGUUCUGAUUUGAAAGAAAGAUGUUUUGGGAAUAUAACUAAGAUUUCAAAGAAAUGUGUCGAGGACUGUUUUCUAUUGAAGCGUUGGGACAAUGAAGAUGAUGCUUUUAAAAUGGCAGUUUUGUAUUUUAUUGAACACUUUUUGUAUAACAACAAAACUGAGUGUAAUGUUCCCAAUGAACAUUUUUAUCUUGUUAGUAGUGGGGAGUUUGAGAAUUUUGCUUGGGGUAAGGACUUGUUUCAUAUAACAUUAGAGUUUCUGAAAAGUAAACUGAGUUCGCUGAAAAAAUGUGAUUAUUUGAAAAAAAAUAAAAAAUCUGAACCUCCUACAAGUUUACGAUACGAUGGCUUCCCCUUGUCUUUUCAAACAUGGUUUUUAGAGUGUUGUCCUUUCGCCAAAGACACAGUUGCAUCCUGUAUGGGCACACAAGUGCCUCGCAUUUUGCGGUGGAAGUCGUCAAUUCUUAGAGAUCGGCAGUAUUUGACCCGUACAAUCUUCAGUCAGUCAGCAAAACAUUUGCAAUUAUGCAAUUUACAACCCACUACGGAGGAGAGGCUGGAAUUGAAUUUGGAGGGUUUUUUUGAGAAAGGGAAGGAAAAAGUUCAUGAAGAUGUUCUGGAUCCUGCUGGUGAUGCAUCUUCUUCUGAAGAAACUAUGAGUGAUCGUCGCACUGGCAAUGACAGUGGCGAUAAAAAAGGCGAUGAUGAGGAUGAAAGCGAUGAUGAUGACAAUGGCAAUGACAAAGGCGGUGCUCAUUUUGAUAAAACAAAUGAUGGUGAUGAUGAAGAUGGUCCAACUGAGGAGCAGGCUGGCCAAGAUUCCACUACAAACGUCGAUGGUAGUGAGAUGGCAGAGGCUGAAAACGGUGUUGAGAAAAAUGAGGAGGAGAAUAAAAAGGGCGAUGAUGAUGUUGAGAAAAAUGGGGAAGAGAGUCGAAAGGGCGAUGAUGAUGUCGAGAAAAACGAGGGCCGAGAGGCUGGUGAUGUUGAUUGUCCGCUUGUUGCGAACGAGGUUGGAAAUAAUGAGGAUUCUCCUGCAUAUGUUUCACCUUUUGAUGGUAUUGAUCUUAGUGCUUGUUGUCAAGCUGUUGACAUAAUUGAAAAAAAAGCUGCAUUAGCAUCAGAUUCUAAGGUUUGUGUUAAGGAUUCUACAAGCAUUACUGUCGAAUCCCCCAAGGUAUAUUUUCAUGUUUACCAGUAG